UGCGAUCCCGAUCGCGCGGCGCAGUUUGACAUUUCGGUGAAACCGAUGUGUUCCACUCAUCUUCCGUAGGAUACGCUCGCAGUCGCGGGCGUAGUUAUUGUUUUCCUUGCCCUGUACAUCUCUCAUCGGCGACUCUUAUCAUGUUACGCGCUGACACGAACGAUGCUCCAAUUUUUUAAGAAGAUUGGACAAAGGGAUAAGCCGGGAUUGUUAGAAACUUCACCUGCAAGAUCAACGAGUUCAAGAAACUUUCCAACAGAUGUAUUUGACAGCAGCGCAUUGUCCAUUCAAACACCCUCGGGUGUAUUGUGCAAUCUCGAGGAAGAAGAGGAGGAAGAAAUUCUCAAUAAUGACACUAAAGAAGCAUACAGCUUCAGCUCUCGAUUAUCCAAAACUCUACCAGAAGUACUUAUGGACAAGAGUGCCCUUGGUUAUUUCAUUCAAUUUAUGGAUACCAGAAAGCAUAUAGCUCUUAUAAAGUUCUGGCUAGAGGUGGAAUGCUUAUGCAGUGCAUCUAACAUGUCUGGUGAAGAUGCAGAAAAAACUAGACAUUCAAAUCAAAAGGAUUUAUUAGAAACUUUACCUAAUUCCUUAGACGAUAACAAAAACUUUAGUUGUAAUGUACUCUCUAAUAAUGUAGAUACUCAAACGAGCAGCGAAAUACCAUUUGAUGAGAAUAAUGAUAAUGUGACAUCCUUAUUAAAUGGUAUGCCAAAGACUAGUCAGACGAUAAGUAAAGCACGACAAUCAAAUCAUGAUUGUAGCAGUAAGAGACACGACAUGACAACAACUAGACAAGAUGCUUUGAGAAUUUACAAGAAAUAUAUUCUCAAAGAAGCUCUGGGUAUAAAUCAAAUAUCUGAAGAAUUAAAGUUGGAGAUGGAGAAAACUAUCAUGCAGGAAAACAAUGAGCCUAUAUUACAGUGCCUAUCUGCUGUUCAAAGCAUAGUAUAUGAUAUAUUAGAGAAAGAAUAUAUUAAUGAUUUUUUACGAAGUCAAUUCUACUGUAAACAUCAAAUUGAUGUACUCACUAGUGGCAAUGUACAAUUAGCAGAUAUAUUGUAUAAUGAAACAGCAUUCUUUUAUUUCAUGGAGUUUAUGGAACUUGAAAAUAAACGAGAAUUGCUAGAUUUUUGGAUGUCGACUAUAAGUUACAAACAGAAUCUCUUGGGGAAAAAAGGUGCAGUCGAUCCCGAAGAAGCACAGUCCGAUGCCGUUAUUAUUUAUGAGAAGUAUUUUAGCUUACAAGCGACCAUGCCUCUUGGAUUUAGUGAUAAAAUUCGCUUUCAUGUAGAACAAAAUAUUUGUCGCGAGGACGAGGAAGGUACACAGGCCGAUUGUUUCGAUAAACCCAGUAAAAUUGUAUAUAACUUUCUCAACAAGCAUUAUCUCCCGGCGUUCUUAUCUUCCCAACUGUAUUAUAAAUACUUAUCGGAGUUAAUCAGCACGAUUCAGAGCAGCCCAUGUCCGAGUUUACAUUCCAAGAUAAGGAGAACAGGUUCAGAUUGUAGUAGUGAAGUAAGCUCUGUAUGUACUAGUAUGCCAAGCACUUCUCAAAUAGGAAACAAUGGUAAUAGAUUACCUGAUAAUAAAAAAAACAUUAACAGUCACCUGAAUAUUGACACUAGGCAACUUUAUGAUCCAGAUUCCUUAUGGCGACGUAAUAAAUAUAGUUUAAGCAUAGGCUAUGUUGACAACCUAGGAAGAUUUAUUACCGAAAUAGAACCAGAUUCUUAUAGAAAAUAUGAAUCUCGUCUAACUCGUGUUGUAAAACGAUUUGUAAAUAUAGAACAAGAUAAGGCUAAAGAAGAUUUAGCAUGGAGAAUUGCUGAGAUGAUCGUUCGUGAAAUCACGUCUUUAACACUUGGAACUUCGAAUCUUCCCUCUUGAUGGUGCAAAUUGGACAUGACAAUUUUGAGGCUUAAGUUUUUUUUAAGUAUAAAAUAUUUUGUAUUCUGUAUAAAUCUUUUGUCUCUUUAUUUUAAAUAUUAGCGAAAUAAUGCUGCAAUCUUUACCAAAGUGCCAACCAGAUUAUUGAUAUAAAUAAAUGAUUCUAAUUAAUAGCCUUUUAAUAUAUAUAACAUUUUAAAAAGAAAGUGCAGAGUAUUAUGUGGAGAAAAAUAUGUCCUGUGUCUUUGUUUUUUACUUUUAUAUUUCGAG